AUGACUUCAAUACUCGCUGGAAAAGUCGCCGCAAUCACGGGUGCCGUGACAGGCAUCGGACGAGCUAUCGCCCUCGAAUAUCUGCGCCAGGGAGCAGCCGUCGCCGUCAAUCACUACCCGGAUUCAAAAUCAGACAGUCAAUUUGAAAGUAUGAAGAGAGAGGCUGGUGCUGGCGCAAAGCUCAUUGCUGUUCCCGGUGAUAUUGCAAAGCCGGAAACAGGGACCGACCUCGUUUCCAAGACCGUGUCCGAGUUUGGCAGAUUAGAUGUUUUUGUGAGCAACGCUGGUGUUUGUCAGUUUGCCGAGUUCCUGAGUCUAAGCCCUGAACUUCUCAAAUCGACAGUUUCCAUUAACCUCGAAGGUGCCUUCUUCGCUGUUCAAGCUGCUGCUCGCCAAAUGAAAGAGCAAUCUCCUCAAGGCGGCAGUAUCAUUGGUGUCUCGUCCAUCAGCGCUCUGGUCGGUGGCGCUGGCCAGACACAUUACACACCCACCAAGGCGGGAAUCCUAUCGCUCAUGCAGAGCUGUGCCUGUGCUCUGGGCCCUUACAAUAUCCGCUGUAAUGCUCUGCUACCGGGAACUAUCCGUACGCAGCUGAACGACGAGGAUCUGGCGGAUCCUGAUAAGAAAGAGUACAUGGAGGGUCGCAUACCACUUCGCAGAUUGGGCCAACCUCAUGUAUGUAUGUCGAAGAUGACAAAAGAUAUCUUGCUGACGACAUGCUCAGGACCUCGCUGGGCCCGCAGUAUUUCUUGCUUCAAGUCUUUCAUCAUACGUUGUAAGUGUGCCCCUACCGAGGUAUAUGAUACACAGGACUCACAUACCAAUCACAGUCCGGUGCACAGAUAUUGGUCGACGGUGGCGCUUUUGUAA